GUUAUGGAAAUUGCCGCCUUGCUUGCUGCCGGUCUUGGGGACUGGAUCGACUUCGGCGUCAUCUGCGGUAUCCUUAUGCUCAACGCAACCGUCGGUUGGUACCAGGAGAAGCAGGCCGCAGAUGUUGUGGCGAGCUUGAAGGGCGACAUUGCGAUGAAGGCCGUGGUCAUUCGAGACGGCGGAGAAGAGACCAUCCUUGCGCGUGAAAUCGUUCCGGGAGACAUCGUGGUCAUCGAGGAAGGCCAAUCCGUUCCCGCUGACUGCCGACUGAUCUGCAACUACGACCACCCAGAAGACUUCGAAAAAUACAAGGAGAUGAAGGAUGAAGAUCUCUUCGAUGAUUCGUCCGAUCCUGAUGACGAGAAGAAAAAGGAAGACGACGACGACGAGGAGCGCCCGAUUAGCCAGGGAGUCGCCCUCAUCGCGGCGGACCAGUCGGCCAUCACUGGAGAGUCUCUUGCCGUUGAAAAGUACAUGGGAGAAGUCGCCUAUUACACGACAGGCUGCAAGCGCGGAAAAGCAUACGGGAUCGCCUUGUGCUCCGCUAAGCACUCUUUCGUCGGUCGGACCGCAAGCCUGGUGCAGGGCGCAAAGGAUCAAGGACAUUUCAAGGCUAUCAUGAACUCCAUCGGUACGGCGCUACUUGUGUUGGUCAUGUUCUGGAUCCUAGCCGCAUGGAUCGGUGGCUUCUUCCGGCAUCUGGGGAUCGCCACGAAUCGCGCCGGUACCGACAACUCAGUCAAUCUGCUUGAUUAUGCUUUGAUCCUUCUCAUCAUUGGUGUUCCUGUCGGUCUCCCAGUCGUCACGACUACCACCUUGGCUGUCGGUGCCGCCUACCUCGCAAAGCAAAAGGCUAUUGUGCAGAAGCUGACGGCUAUCGAAUCUCUGGCCGGUGUCGACGUUCUUUGCUCUGACAAGACUGGAACCUUGACCGCCAAUCAGCUUAGCAUCCGAGAACCUUACGUCGCCGAGGGCCAAGAUGUCAAUUGGAUGAUGGCCGUCGCUGCCCUCGCUUCUUCGCAUAACCUCAAAUCGCUCGACCCUAUCGACAAGAUCACUCUUCUUACUAUCAGGCGAUACCCCAAGGCCAGAGAAAUUCUGGGUAUGGGCUGGAAGACCGAGAAGUUCACGCCUUUCGAUCCUGUCUCUAAGCGUAUCACCACAGUCUGCCACAUGGGCGGCGAUAAGUAUGUCUGCGCGAAGGGAGCUCCUAAGGCCAUUCUCCAACUCUCAAAUUGCGACGAGGAAACUGCCAGGCUGUUCCGAGAGAAGGCUGCUGAUUUCGCUCGCCGAGGUUUCCGAUCUCUCGGUGUUGCGUACCAGAAGAAUGACGGUGACUGGAUCCUCCUUGGUCUGCUCUCCAUGUUCGAUCCGCCCCGCGAGGAUACCGCACAGACUAUUGUCGAGGCUCAGCAGCUCGGUGUACCUGUCAAGAUGUUGACUGGUGAUGCUAUCGCUAUCGCAAAGGAGACGUGCAAGAUGCUUGCUCUUGGCACCAAGGUCUACAACUCACAGAAGCUGAUCUAUGGAGGUCUCUCCGGCACUACGCAACACGAUCUUGUCGAACGCGCCGAUGGUUUUGCGGAGGUCUUCCCCGAGCACAAGUAUCAAGUUGUGGAAAUGCUGCAGCAGCGAGGCCAUUUGACUGCUAUGACUGGAGACGGUGUCAACGAUGCUCCUUCCCUAAAGAAAGCUGACUGCGGUAUCGCCGUCGAAGGUGCUUCGGAAGCAGCUCAAGCCGCCGCCGAUAUCGUCUUCCUAGCUCCCGGUCUUAGCACGAUUGUGUUGGCUAUUAAGACCGCUCGAGAGAUCUUCCAGCGCAUGAAGGCAUAUAUCCAGUACCGUAUCGCUCUCUGUCUGCACUUGGAAAUCUACCUGGUGACUUCGAUGAUCAUUAUUAAUGAGACUGUCCGCGCGGAGCUCAUUGUCUUCAUCGCCCUGUUCGCCGAUCUUGCAACCGUCGCUGUAGCAUAUGACAAUGCCUACUCUGAGGAGCGUCCUGUCGAAUGGCAGCUGCCAAAGAUCUGGGUCAUCUCUGUCAUCCUGGGCAUUCUGCUCGCGCUCGGCACUUGGGUCAUCCGCGGCACCAUGUUCCUCCCCAACGGUGGCAUCAUCCAGAACUUUGGCUCAGUCCAAGAGAUCCUCUUCCUCGAAAUAGCCCUCACAGAAAAUUGGCUCAUCUUCGUGACACGCGGCGGGAAAACGUUUCCCAGCUUCCAGCUCGUGGGCGCCAUCCUCGCCGUCGACGCCAUCGCAACCCUCUUCUGUCUCUUCGGCUGGCUUUCCGGCGCCCCUUACGAGACCAACCCGGCUGACGUGGCUCACUUCCGUGCGGACGGCUGGGUCGAUAUUGUCACCGUCGUUGUGAUUUGGGCGUAUAGCUUGGGCGUCACUAUUGUGAUCGCUAUCGUUUACUACCUGCUCAACAAGAUCGCAUGGCUCAACGACCUCGGCCGCAAGGACCGCAGCAGGAAGGACCCGCAGAUCGAGAACAUGAUUGCGGCUCUGAGCAAGCUGGCACUUGAGCAUGGCAAAGACAAGCACGGGGUGGAGCGGUACGUACUUGCUCAGAGAGCUGCGGAGGAGGAAGAGGACGAGUAAGCGAAGAAUGCGGGCUCGGGCAACGCGUUGUUGGAUGCGCGGAAGGCUGGGCAGGCAUGCAACCUAAGAGCAUGUCGCCGUUUUGGAG